AUGUUGCAUAACGUGGGGGCGAAAAUAAACGAGUUUUUGAAUAAACGUUCGGUGAAAUAUGGUUUGCCGUUUCUUCUUGUGGUUUUGGGGGGUUCGUUCGGGCUCCGUGAAUUUGCACAGUUGAGGUAUCAGUUUUCACGAGUCUCCAGUGUUAAGCCCGAAGAAAUGAAGAAAUUGGGGAUUGAAAUGAAGAAACCGGGCGAAGUCACGCUCGAGUCGGAGUACGAGAAGAUCAAGAAGAUUGAUAUCGAUAAUUGGGAGCAGGUCAGGGGGCCCCGGCCGUGGGAGGAGCAGACAACGCAAUAACUUAACUAUUAGUUUGUAAAUAAUAAAAAGCGAUUGGAUGUU